AAGGCGUUGCCUCCCUACCGGCUAGAGGCCGCGACAAGGGCGCGUGCGCACUGCAGCGUCCACGCAUGCGCAGGAGAAGGCAAGCAAUAUCGCCUCACGGUUUUUUCCCUCUCGCUCUCGUUCUCUGUCUGGAGUGUUUGGCGAGAGGCCUUUCGAGCGGCCAUGAACGGCUUCGGCGGCGGGGGCAGCGCUGGCCUCGGUCCGCUCCGGAGCACCGGCAGCGAAACCGUAGAGAAGAUCGACAUGUCGCUGGAUGAUAUAAUUAAACUGAACAAGAAAGAAGAGCGGAAGCAGUAUUCCCCCAGGAUGCAGAGGGGGGUUCAACAGAACGGCACAUUCAGGACGAGGAUGACCAAGUGGGGAAUCCAGGACUACACAGGGUUUGGCAAGAACCGCUUGGGGCGCAGGAGGCGGCUGGCGGGAAAGAGGCGCCCCUACGCCGUCAAGACCGGACUGGCAGCUAGAAAAGCCUUAGGAGCUCACAAAGGCAUCAGCCCUCUCAACAGAUCACCUCUCAGCGAAAAGAACAUACAGCGAAAUUACUCAGUUUUGAAAAGGAAGACGACAAUUCAGAGACCGGCGGAGUUACAGAGGAAGCAAGGGGCCAUUCUUAGGAGGCCUACCUUGUUAAACAGAAGGCCUAAUAUACAGCCCCCAUCUGCCAGGAUUGGAAAUAAGUUAUACCAGCAGAAAGACACGCGCCAAGCAACUUUCCUCUUCAGGAGAGGCCUGAAGGUGCAGGCACAAGUACACCCUGAAGAGGAUCUCAAUGGCCAGAGCACAAAAAGAACUAAUCCAUGGCGAACAUCCACCACAAAUGGAGGAAUCUUGACUGUUUCUAUUGACAAUCCCGGCGCAGUCCCUUCUCCAAUUUCCUUGAAGCCAAGAAUAACCAGUACUCCCAUCCCGCCUUUUCUUAUGAAGAGGGACCAGUCAGAGGAGAAGAAAGUCCCAAAAGGAGUCCCACUGCAGUUUGACAUCAACAGUGUCGGGAAACAGACAAACAUGACCCUCAACGAGCGCUUUGGGAUCCUGAAAGAGCAAAGGACAGCCAUCUCUCAGAACAAAGGCAGCCGUUUUGUGACUGUGGGGUAGGGGCAUCAAAAGGACCCCAUCUUUUGAAACAGUGUGGGGUGUUUUGGACUUUGUCUCAAGAUGCUGACAAAUCUAAACUUUUUUUACUUCACUUUAAAUAAUUGGGGAGGAAACACGACCCUACGAUGAUAGUGGACCAUAAAAGCCAGAGCAUUCAGUACGCAGACUAAAUGGUGUCAAGGGGCAAAAACCAUCCAUAUUGCCCCAGCAAGGAGGGGAAAGGCAAAGAUGGUGACUUUUGAGUUCUUAAGCAGCCAGUGGGAUGUUGGGAGUUAAUUGGCCUUUGUCUCAUCUAUUGUCACAGAAUAGCAAGUGGUGUCAUUUUAUUGCUGCCAAAGUUUGACAUCAGCCUCUCAGUGAAGAACGUUGGCUCCUUCCUGCUGCUCAGUCAAACCACAAUGCGCCAUUUGGCACUGCACAAGCAAUCUGCAUCCCACCUGCCAUCACACUUUUUUGAGUGACCACCUUUUUGAGGCACAUACUUGAGGAAUCAACACAUUAGUUUAAUGUUUCAUCCCCUAGACACCAGUGUGUGCUGUAGGGAUUUUUUUUGUCUCUUUAAAACAAAGCAGACUGUUUGCUUUUGAACCCACAAGUGGAAACUCUGCUCCAGCAAUGAUUUUGUGUUCCUGGGUGCAUUAUAUUGUUUGUUACUGCAUUGUGUUGUAGAAACGUGCACUUGUUUUGUGGCUCCGAUCCUUAGCAGUCAUGUCAACAGGCUCAGUAUGUAAAUGGGGUUGAGGAGACCUUCCUGUUGUUGGAAGUGAGGGAGUCGACAUAUCAGCAAACCCUCAAACCUUUAUUUGUGCUGGGAUUCUGAAUUUGGAAGAACCUGGAUUAUAACUUUUAGGAUCCAUACAAGGCUUUAUCUCCUUGAGUUUGCAAUCCAGACGAAGGGCCAACGGCUUGAGUAUUGCUUCCCAUUACAUCACUAGGUGAAGAAAUCAGCACGGUUUGCUCAGCGUCAGAAACCUGAUGUGUAUGUGACACAGUAUCUGUUCUUUCCCUUUUCUAAACACAGUCCUAAAUAUUUCACUUACCAUAGAAGUUCAAGACAGAAACUUCUGUGGUGCAAGUGAGGCCACCUUUAGAGCAGUUCAAGACAGUCCUCCGCCUGUAAUUAGUAUUCAGAUCCUUCUGUUUUUAAUUAUUAUUAUUUUGAAAUAUAUUCAGCAAAUUUGCAAUGGAAAAAAACCACAUUUGGAAUAUUAAAGGUUUUUUUAUGUUUUGUUAGUAGGAAUUCUGUUGAAGAAAUCUAUUAGAAUUGAAGUAGAUGGUAUGUUAAUGAGCAUCCUGCGUUUGGUUUCUACCAGGAUGCAGUUUAAGAGAAAGGAAAAUAAAAACCCUUUUGCAUCACCAUGGAUGCAAAACAUUGAUGCAAUGCAUCUCGAGAAAGCUAGUUUGUAUUUAAGGAGAAUAUGCUUUAUGCUGUACCUUUUGGUAUUUUUUUUGAGAAGUUAAUACAUUUGGAUCUAUUCUAAAGCUGUUGAACUUUUUGAAAAUAAAAAUGUUACAAGGUU